AUGAAGUUCAUCGCCUCUCUCGUCGCUCUCGCUUCUGCCGCCCUUGCAGUCGUCGCUUCCCCUGUGGACCUCACGGAGCGUAGCGGCGUGACUGCUCCUGCUGGCUUCAACAUCACGAGCAUUGGUGUCAAUGGCUCCGGAUGCCCAGCUGGAACCGCCUACUAUGUUCUUAGCUCCGACCGCACCUCUGUAACUGUAACCUUCUCCAACUUUUACGCACUCGCUGGCCCCGACGUCAAGAUCUCCGAGAACAGGAAGAGCUGCCAGCUCUCCCUCGGCGUUCGUGUUCCAGGCGGUUUUGCAUUCGGUGUCGCCACUGUCGACUAUCGUGGCUACUACCAACUCGAUAACAAAGUCACCGCUACCCAGCAGGCCGUGUACUACUUCCAAGGACAGCUACAGCAAGCAACUGCCCGCUCCACGCUCAAGGGUCCCGUCGCCGGUAACACUUAUACUUAUCGCGAUCAGUUCGAUCUCUACUCGACCACGCUCAGCCCUUGCGGUGCCAACUCGGUUCUUAACGUCAACUCUGCUCUCCAAGUGAGCAACUCGGCCAACAGGCAGGGAAGCGGUUACAUCGCCACCGACUCUAUUGAUGCUUCCUUGGUCCAGACCUUUGGUUUCUCCUGGUAUACUUGCAAGUAG